UUCAAACAAAGCAUGAAAGCAAAACAACUUUUAUUUCUAUUUCAAAAACCUUAAUCUUUACCAUAUCUUUACGGACUUCGUGUUUAUUCAAAUUACCCAAAACAAUCCAAGUGAACGUGCGAACGUAUCAUUAUAUUAAAAAGUUUAAUUAACGGUGAUUCGGAUAAGCUUAUAAUUAAGUCGUAAAUUGUUUAAAGUUGUUAUUAACUGACGUAAUCAGGCCGUGACUUCAUCGGUACAUGCCGUCGGCUUUUAACGAAAGUGGUUUCCUUAUGGGCUCGAGAGCGGCGAUUAAGGGGAAACUUUCAAAAGUGAUUCGCAAUUUCCUAUGCCAGUGAGCGGGGAAGUGGAUGAGUUAGCAAGUUCGGGUGUAGCGGGACAGGCGAGCGUAUUUUCAGUGAGCGAUCGGGACAGUUUUUGCCGAUGUAAUUAUAUUAAAUACCAUGAACGACCCGUGGGACGUUAAGUCCCGUCAAGCCGGGCAAUAUGUGUCCUGUAUGAAGAUAAAUGGAGUGCCACUGCUGCCACCACUUCUCUCCAAAGAAUGUCGGAAAGAAAUGCAAUAUUACAAACUUCUUGCCAAAGAAGUUGAGAAACGGAUAGUGGAACUAAAAGCUUAUGUCGGCGACAGUGAUGAAGACUCUGCUCAGGACAACACCGAUGCCCCUGAGUUGCCACAGGAGUAUGAACAACUGCAUGAGCCUAUUCAAGAAAUCCUACAAGUUUUUGACAGUAACAUUACAACAUUUAGAGAACACAAGCUUGAAGAAAGUUUAUCCGCUUCUACAAACACCACAAACAGUAAUUCUCCGGAUUUGUGCAAUAGUGUUUCUUCCAGUAAUGCAUCACACAGUCUACCAAAGUUCUCAGUAAAUAGCCUCCAAAAUGGAAUUAGUAACAGCAAGGUUAAGAGCAAUAGCUCACAACACACACCACAACCUAUUGAGCCUCCUGAACGUGAUUGUAACACUACUCCUAAGAAAAUUACUAAAGUAGAGCAAUUAACUGAUGAUGAAUUUUCUUUUGAUGGCACCAAACCAGAAAGAGAAAUAGUAGACUUGUUAAGGGUUGAAUUUGACAUUAGUAAAGUAGAACCACUUUUAUCUGGUGCUUUUCCAGAUAUGACAAUGACAGAUGGACCUGCAUCUCUCGGUUCUAAAAGUUUUACAGGCUCUUUAAAUAAUAUUCACAGCGAGAGUGUCAAAGAUGCAGCUACUUUAGUUCGUCAAAGUUCCUACACAGUGCUUAAUCCGAGUCCAUUGCUUUUAGCUCAUUUAAAAGUGCAAUCACUGAGCACUGGAGUAGAAGUGACCUCCAUUUCCAUGAGCGACUCACUAUCAAACCUGACUACACCAAAAAAACGAAGAAGUUGGGACUUAGAGUCAGCUAAAAUCAAAUGGUCAUCCAUGGCUCACGAGCUAAAGCAAAAAACAGCACAAACUAAACCAGUUGAAAAUAAGAACCCUUCUAAAUCCACAGUUAAAAAACCUCUGCAGACUCCAACCAGAUCUAAAUCUGUAUCUGAAAACCCGAGGCGAGCCAGCGUGCCUGGAAAAGCUCUGAAAUCAGAACCUGUUCAGAACCAGAAGCCUAAAAAGUGCACUCCAAGUCCAUAUGCAAACACGAAUUCAAUAAAUGUAAAAGAACCAAAAGCAAAUAACAAUAUCCAGCCGUCACCCAAGAAACUAAUUUCAGAAUGUGAGGAUCCAGCCACUAAAGUAAAAGAGUUAUACGAGAGAAUACAAAAUCAGCAGCUUCUACAGAUGGCAAACUUAGUUGAAAAGCAGAAACGCGAGCAAUUGUUACUACAGCAAGUUUUCGACGAGCAAAACAGCAUUCUUUAUAGGCAACUGAAAACUAUCUGUCCUAAAUCGCCCGUCGAAGCGAAAGCCGCGUGGGCCGACAAAGUGGACCGAGGACCCGUCAGUUUAAGCCAGUUAAUAAACCACAAGUCACCCGACUCUUUAACAAGCACUCUAACCGACACCCACAAUAAUUUAAACAAGUGUGCUGAGGUUUUGAAAAAGAGUAAAGACAUCACUGGUAGUAUAAAGAAACAGAACCAUCCUGGAAGUCCUACAGAUGGAAGUAGAACGCGCACUCACUCACCAAAAAGGACGAGAACUUCUAGAAAACUUAGUUACGAUACUUCGUCUUCGGACAGAGAGUUUGAACCGAUAUUGACCGAUCGAACGAACGACACGUUGGCGGGGCUAAAUGUGACAUUUACUUCUGAUAGUGAUGAACCGACUUUCAUGGAAAAGCAGCUGUCUACGCACAGUGCGGUACGGAGCAUGGAACAUUCAGUGAAGGUGCCGGCACGUAGACCCGUUCAAGCCAGGUUGCCGCCAACGCCUGAGCAGCUGGCUGCGGCCUCCACCAUAGUGGCACACGCGAAGGGCUACCUCGUGCGCCGGUUGCUCCGUACUGAGAGAGUUCAAGCCACCGUCCAGACCAUCAAAGAUGCGCUGCUCUGUGCGCUGCAAAUGCACCAGGACAGAGCGGGAAUCAGGGGAGCUGAUGUAGACUUGCAUCGACGGCUUAUUCAGCAGAUCACGGCUGCUUGUUAUUCUCUACACGACACAUUCGUGGCAAGUACGCCAGCAGAGCGCUGCGCCCUCAUCGCAGUGGACCGGGAGCGCCGCCGGCAGAAACCGGACCGGUCCUACAGAACGGACGUAAUGUCGCAAAGCCACAGCGGCGCGUUUCCUGCGCGCGCGCCGCGCACCAGCUCGCACUCGAUGAUGACGCAGUCCCACUACGGUAACGCACACUAAAUGUUGCCAGGUGAGCGGAGAGACGUUUAGCGGCACGAAGCUAAACUCGCGGCACAUGCCGCCCCCGCGGCGCCGCGCGUGGCGCUGACACCGCCAGCGAUACCUGCCGCGAUGCUUCUCGCAAUUCUGCUUCCCUGGUACCUAAUAAGGUCUACUUGGCUAUAAUUAGUGUUAGGAAACCCCAUUCUACAAGAAUGUCACUUACGAAAUGCAUUUGCCUUGUAUGGCAGCUAAUUCAAUCAAAUCCGUAAAGCUCGAGAAUAUACUGCCAAUUUGUUAGCAGUCAUGAAAUAUUACCAGACCCAAUAUCAUUUUCUUAGCCUUUUCAGAACUGUUAAUUAGAAGAACGUUUCGUAAGGGACAUUCUCGUGCGAUGCACAUAUCGGGCUGUAGCCGUGCGCGUCACUUGACGUCUUUGGCGGUCACAGUUGAGAUUUUUGGUUAGCCAAAUGCAUUUUAGUAAUGGAUUUAUUGGAUCUCACCGAGAUCUGAGGGCCUAUCGCCAUCAUUGAAAAUCGUUAAGUAUAGUGCGACAUAAAAUAGUAGAAAUUAAAUAAACUAGAACUAAAAAAAAGUGUGUGUGCGAUUCAAGUAAAACUACUUUGACGAUGACGUCUAUCGCUAUGUUGGCACUUUGACGUAUGUCCUAUUGUGCGUGUGUCACUACUGAGCGUUACUUCCGUCAGUAAAAAAAUCUAAGUUACCCUCUAGUUGCGCCUAAAGAAGUUUUACAUCAAAAAUUUCCAUACUAAAUUGUUGCCAUGUUUAACCUUGCGAGACCCGGACCGAUAUUCUAGUAAAUAUGGCUACCCAGGGAGCCGACGUGUCUGGAAAGGACAUUUUACUUCAAAAAUGUGACAGUUACGUAGGAAGUGGCGCCCUCAAUAAUUUUCUGCAAUGAGGGCUAUCGUUUUUUUGCUCACCAGUUGGCGCCUCUGUUGAUGGUGGUCCAAAAGACUACAGAACAGCUGUCAGUCAUUGAAGUGACAAGUGACAUUUCGAACUAUGGAAAAGACCACCAUCUACACUAGCGCCCCUAGCGGCGAAUUCAUACGCGUUAGCCCUCAUUGUCGUUGACUAUUACUGCCUCAUUGCUCUUGCAUAUUAGAACUUCGAUGUUAACGGUAGAACCUCUGAUUACGUAAAAUAUUCAUUGCUAAAGAUCUUAACUUUCUGAUUUAGCUGAUGGUUUAGAAACAUUGCAUUAUUGUUUUUGAGUGUUUUAUUGACCCUAAUUUAUUUGUAUUAUUUAUAGACUAUUUUAUCUAACAAGGUGAUGUACAUACAUUGUCACAAUGAAAUGUGACAUGACAAAUGACAAGAAUUAAGAUGCGACCACACCGCUGCUUAAAAACGGUGACGGUACGGAAACAUAGUGACGCACCGUAAGCGUACCGUUUUUAUCGCAUGCUAAAACACGCCAACGGUGCGGAAUCGCAGUGACUAGUCGUAAAUGCCACGAUUUUAUGGCAUGCCUUCCUAGUAAAAUCGUAAAGUUUACGGCACGUCACUGCGAUUCCGCACCGUCGGCGUGUUUUGACUUUUGAGCACCCGUGUGGAUGGCACGCAAAAAAACGGUACGCUUACGAUGUGUCACUGCGAUUCCGUACCGUCACGUCACCGUUUUUGAAGCAGCGGUGUGGUCGCACCUUUAUUCUCAAUUUCUCUCAUCGGACCAAAUUUCUUCUAAAAUUAUGAAUGUUCGGUAUUGAACUUUAAUCACCAGUAAUAAGUUACAGUUUCUUUAAUCAAUAAGUUGCAAAACUGUAAAUAUGUAGGUAUUUUUCGUAUUCCAAUAACCUUCUACGUCUCUCUAUUAUUAUAAAAACAUAAUCUUACAUGUCUAAUAUUGCAUUUAAUUGAUAUUGUAUGGUUGUCUAUCGUUAUUCCAUUUGCGAAGCUUCCAAACGUAAGUGCCUAGCUUAACGCACGAAUUGUAGUUUAUUAUGUUAUAAGCAUUUCUUAAAAAAAAAAAACUGUUCGGGUAGAAGAGUUCAUGAUUCAGAAACUACACAAUGAGCAAACUGUUUUUACCUCAAUAUAUCACAAAAUUAGUCUUAAAAUUGCCUUAAAAUUAAUUAUAGUUAAUUGUAAUUUGGUAUAACCAAAAUUCGUUUUAGGCUUUUGGUAAUGAUUUUAUAAUCGUAUUGCACUAUUAUACUCUGUAUCUUUAGGUAAUUAAAUAAAAGUAAACAAAAUCUACCCUCAAAUGGCUCCUUAAGCCAGUUGAGGGUGGUUGAAAACAUUACAUGAUCAAAUAAUGUAGGUUAAAGUCAGGUCAUUUAGUGACAGAUCCAAGCGGUUUUGUAUUUGGUUGGUUAACCAAUAAAUGUUAUAACUACCCGAAAAUGUACAAAUUGUUUGAUUACUUUUAUUUAAAUACCUAAAGAUACAGAGUAUAGGUAAAGUCAAUACGGAAAUUAAGUGUCGCUGUGGGAUAAGUGUGACUGACUUUGGGCCUGUUUACACAUAUGUAGUGUUUAUCACGAGUUCAUACAUUUGCCACUAAACAAGUAGCCAGACUUUACCGUAUUGACUAAUGUAAACGACUGGUUAAAACAAGGUCUUGUAAUUUUAUAAUUUUUAUAAAACUUCUAGAUUUUAAAGUGAGAUUACUUAGCUUUUAUCAUCAAGUAAUUGAUUUUUUACUACUUUCAAGUCACAAUGUUUAAAAUGCAACUAAUUAUCUAGUCAUAUAUUUUGAUCAUCUUUUAAAAAUCACAGUGGGAGAUUUUAAUUUAUUUAUGGAGUUUAAUAAGUAUAUGAUCAAGUAGUUAUAUCUCCAGUAUAAUUACUGGAGUUAUAACAUGUUCUCUCUUGUAAUUUAUUUAUCUGUAGUAAUUUAAACAUGAACAGGAAAGUAUGCCAAAAUGUAUUUCUAUGAGCUUAUGCAUGGAACCAUGGAGACUAUAUAAUGGAACUUUUUAUAACUUGACAUGUACACCUUUGCGGUUUUUGAAAGCCCAUUUAAAUGUGAACCCCCUAAAAAGUGAGAUUAUUUUGUAAUAUUAUUGUGAAACAAUUCUGCAAUAAAGGUAAUUACUA